ACACGAAAGCUGUUCACAGGCUAUUCAUUUCAACUUCCAACCGCUUCUUAAAUCAAGGUUGCAUUCCCUUUCUCCGUAUUCAUCCUUCACCCACAACCGCAGUCUCUCUCUCGUCCGCCAUGAGCGCCUCCCCGUUGGCCGUAAGCAUCAAGCACCCAACCAGCGACGAGGAAGACCUCGCCCCCAUGCCCAUCCGCCGCCAUCGCCGGCGGUGCCUAAUCUACGGUGGCUCCUGCGCGGCUGUCCUCGUCAUCGUCACCCUCGCCCUCACCGUAUUUAAGGUAAAGGAGCCCAUCAUGACCAUGAACAGCGUCACCGUCCAGCGGCUGGCCAUCGCCUCCGGCACGCCCUCGUCCACCGCCCAGCCCUUCGCCAUCAACAUGACAGUCGUCGCGGACGUGUCGGUGAAGAACCCCAACGCCGCCAGCGUCCGCUUCGGCGCCAGCACCACGACCCUCUACUACCGCGCCCGCGAGAUGGGCGUCGCCCGCGGGCCCCCCGGCACCGCUCGGGCGCACCGCACCUUCCGCCUCAACGUGACGGUGGACGUCAUGGCCGACAGGAUCUUCAGCGACGCCAACCUGUUCGACGACCUGGCGGGGGGGAGCAUCGCGGUGACCACGUCGACCACGGUGGGCGGCCGGGUGCAGGUCCUCGGGCUGUUCAAGCAUCACGUGGACGUGACGAUGAACUGCAGCAUCACCAUGGCCGUGGCCAAUCAGUCCAUCGUGGAUCAAAACUGCGCGCACAAGGUUCGGCCGUGAAGACGACGACGACGAUGGUACCUUCUUCCCUUCUCCUCGUUCUUGUUCGCGUCGAGAUGCAGGCCGCCGGUGAAUAUGACCAUAAUGGUUAGGUCCGUGUCAACGUUGACAGGCAGGGAGUGGGUUGACGAUAAAGCCAUGUGAAGACAUUAAUGAGACGAGUCGGACCUCAUUUGUCAA